GGCCUUGCUCCUCCUCGCCGAGCACGCGGACGAGAACGGCCUGGUGAUGGCCUCGCAGGAGAUGCAACGCGUGACGCACGAGAAUCCAAAGGUUCUUCAAGCGGGUGAAUUCUUCCUGCGUGCUGCCCUACACUUGUUGCGUACGCCCAGCAUCGCCUGCACUCGCGACGGCGUCGCAGCGCGCCGCGCGGCGAUGCUGGCGGCGCUCCGGGAGGCGGCGCGCUGCGGGGAACACUUCAGCGGCCUGGUGGAUGAGGUCCUUGCGGAGGUCCGCAGCCGCGCCUCGGUGCUGUCCGUCACCGGCGAGUCGCUCGGGACCUUGGCGGCGAUGCAUUCGGACCACGAGGUGCAGAGUGAGAAGACCUCCUUUGCCAUCCCCGGCAUCCUUUGGUUUGUCCUUGCCUACGACACGUUGCCCGAAGCCCUCGCUGCCAGCAGCGCGCUGGGCGGCGCCGCGGCGCCGCGGGGCCUCAUCGUGGCGCUGCUGUUGGCCUGUCGUGAUGGGGUGGGCGAUCUAUUUGCGGACACGCGGAUCCAGCGCCUGCCCCUCUCCUUCAAACCGCUGCUGGGCGCGCCGGUGUUGCGGCUGUGCUCAAAGCCAGGCGCCAGCGAAGUGGCACCAUAGGCAACAUCCAGCCAUUCUUAUAGGUGACAUUCCCAUUGUGCCGGGAGCCAGAAUGAGCCAGCAAAUCCAACUGGAAUGACCAGUGAGGUUGGCUGAGUGGUUGGUACGUGGAUUGUACAGCCGAUUACACAUCAGGAAUAUCAUGGAAUGUGCUCAGUUGCACGUCAUUCAAUCAUUCAUGACGGGGAAGUGGCAGGAAAC